AUGUCCUACGUCUUGGACAUCCGCGAGCUCGUGCACAAGCUCCCGUUCCAUCACUUCAGCUCGCACGAGCUGAAAUCGUCCGCAGUUUUCAUCGGUCUCACGUACGCCACGCCCUGUCUGGCUCUCAUCGCGGUGUGCGCCGUGUACUUCAAGUUGUACACGUUACGGAACAACAGGGUGUUUGAGAAUGUCAACGUAAAGGAACACAAAACACGAGCGAUCGUCACCGCGUGCAUUGUCUUGGCGUUCGGCCCGGCGUCGAGCGUGAGCUUUACGUUUGGGUUCAGAGGCGGACUGAACACUCUCAAGAUAAUUCAGGCGUGGGCCGAGGAGGCGCAGAGAGGGGCGAGGAAGAUCGGAUUGACGAUGAUGGGGAUGGACGAUGCGUUGACGAAAUUAAAGGCGGAGGCGACGGCGGCGACGGACGUGGUCGCGACGGCGACCGUUAACACGGCGCUCUCGGCUGUGGCGACGGCGCUGGUGAACGAUGGAGGCGCGGCGGAAUUCGUGGACGAUUUGAACUACUUCAGGUGGGUCAAGGAGUUUAGAAUAUUUACCAUAAUGUCCAUGGUAUCUUUCUUGGUCGCCAUCGUGCUCUUGAUCACCAGCGCCGUGCUUCCAAUCAUGGCGUUGUCGGAGAAGAGACCGGCGCACACGUGGUGGAAGACAAAACGGGGGAGUAAGAGCCUUACGCCCGAUUUGUUCGUUCGUGGGUUCCCGUUGGUGUCGCUCAUGUAUCUUUUCACCGUGUGUGCGAUCUAUUGGCCCAUCGCCGUGCUCGGCGCCGAGGUUUGCUUCGCGUACGAGGGCAUGGUGGAGUUCCAAGUGCCGGAAAAUUUGCAGCUCUACAUGGUGUGCCCGCGCUUUGGGUACGAACUCGGCGAGUACUUGCAAAACAUGCACGCCGAUCAAACUAAGUUGAACUCAGCGGUGGCGAACGUGGAGGCGUUAACGGGAACGUACGCGUCAUCGGCGAAUAUGGCGGCGCUUAAAUUAGCGAAGAAGACGUACGAGGCUGAUGUCGCACAAAUCUUUGAAGGUUUGGGCGACUGCCAACCCAUGAGCGACACCAUCGAGCUCGCCACCGCGCAAGUGUGCAACGAAGUCGUCCUCAGUCUGCAGAUGGUCGUCGCAAUCACGUUUGGCUUGUCGCUGUUCCUCAUGUACAGCACCAUGCACCAAUGGUUCGGCUCUGACGUCGCCAAGGAGUUGGCGGGAGACGAGGAAGAGAGCUUGUUCUCCAAGCUCACGUCAGGGGACAAACUUUCGGCGAAAUCCAAGUUUGGUCAAAAGAAGAAGACCGACGGUCACGAGAAGGACAAGAAGGACAAGAAGGACAAGAAGGAUAAGAAAAAGAAGAGACGAACCAGCGGAGGGAGCUCGAUGGAGGGCUUACCUGGAGGAGCGUCGGCGAGCGCUUCAGUAGCGGCGACGCCGCAGGCACAGUCCACAGAAGCGAUGCCCUCGAGAUCUGCAGAAAAGAUAGGAACGACCGAGUCAGACGACAGGGUGGAGGAGUAUGACGUUCGCGCGCCCUUACUCGCCGAAUCUGACGAACGCGCCGACGACAAGGAAUUCGCUAAUGAAGAGGCCACGACGAGCACCUCCGAAUCCGAAAGCUCCGUCUCAGAGGAAGAUGAAGAAGAGGGCGUUGAGCCGUCGGCGCAACCGGCGGAGAUCGAACUCAAGGACGUGAUGAACGACGACGCCGAGGAUGCGAACACGCCGGUGACGCUUCCGAGUGAGCGCAACGCCCAUUCGAGCCCGCCGCUAACGGAGCCGGAACCAGAGCGUCCAUCGUCGCCCAAAAUGAUGGAUAAAGAGUUCGCCGACGAAUAG